CUUUCCUUUAGUUCAGAAAAAGAUGUAAGAAAGAGAAUAACAAAGAAAAAAAAGAAAAAAGAAAAAAAAAAAGAUAUUUGGAAGUGGGGACGGUGAUUAAUAGAGAGAGCACUUUCCAUGAACCUAUCUUGAAAAGCUGCCAACUGGCACGUAGAGCUGCCACGUAGCACUUGUGCUGUGGGCGUUUCACUUUGACGUGGCAUGCACUCCAACUUUAGACCUAAAUAAAUACCCCUGGUUGUUCCAUCCCUUGGGCUCUCUCAUCACUUUUGCUCUCAUUUCCCAUCACUCUCUUUUUCUCUCUCUCUUUCUCUUUUUCUCUCUCUCACUUUGCUUUCUCUAUUACUUUCUUUUCUGUCUUUUGUUUGUAAUUUUUGAUACAUCAAACAGCUAAGUAGGCUAAGCUCAGCUUCAAAAAUAAUGCCAGCACCGUUUGAUGGAGUAGAGACUCCUAGUGGACACUCAUCCGACGGCCCAGAUCAAUCCAAACAUGGCCCUCGAGAUUCGCGUGGCUUGCCUUCUUUAAUGUCUUUUUGCACUCCCAUUACUCUUAAGUUUGUAGACGUGUAUUACCGGGUGAAAAUGGAGAACAAAAACAGAGGAAACAUUCGAAAUAUGUUUGCUAAUCAAUCUACCCCGUCUGAUCAAAGAUCAACGGCCACGAUCAACAACAAUCACGAAAGAACAAUCCUGCAUGGAAUUACAGGCAUGGCAUCUCCAGGCGAAAUCCUUGCCAUCCUCGGACCAUCAGGUAGCGGCAAAUCAACGCUCCUCAAUGCACUCGCAGGUAGACUCCAUGGUCAACACGGCCUCACCGGAACAAUCACCGCCAACGGUCGGAGACUCAACAAGUCGAUUCUCCGGCGAACCGGGUUUGUAACCCAAGACGACGUUCUUUAUCCUCAUCUAACGGUUCGAGAAACCCUAAUCUUCUGCUCGCUUCUCCGACUUCCUCGGACGCUGAGCAAGAAAGAGAAAAUUUCCGUCGCCGAGUCGGUGAUCUCGGAAUUGGGAUUGGAGAAAUGCGAGAACACCAUAAUAGGAAACAGCUUUAUAAGGGGAGUUUCGGGGGGAGAGAGGAAAAGGGUGAGCAUAGCUCACGAAAUGCUUGUGAACCCCAGUUUGCUGAUCCUAGACGAGCCGACUUCCGGUUUGGAUUCCACGGCAGCUCACCGGCUGGUGACGACGUUGGGAUUGCUUGCUCAAAAGGGAAAGACCAUCGUGACGUCGAUGCACCAGCCGUCGAGCCGGGUUUACCAGAUGUUCAACUCCGUUCUUGUUCUGUCGGAAGGGAGGUGCUUGUUUUCCGGGAAAGCAAACGAGGCUAUGGCUUACUUUGAGUCGGUUGGUUACUCGCCGUCUUUUCCUAUGAAUCCUGCUGAUUUUCUGCUUGAUCUCGCUAAUGGCACCCAACACAAAGUGAAAAGUACGUUCCCAAAUCAAAACUGUGUAUGCCAAAUUGAUGGAGUAAGUGAAAGAGAUAAACCCAAUGUGAAGCAAAACCUGUUUUCCUCUUACAACACCCUGUUAGCUCCAAAAGUAAAAGCUCUUUGCAUGGACAAUUCUUCUAACAUUCAAACCAGAGAAACAGCUAAUUCUUCAAACAGUAGUGAGAUUGUUAGCCAUUCUUCUUCCAAGCAAGAAAAAAGAAAUAGCUGCAGAAUUGGCUUUUCAAGUUGGUUCAAUGCUUUCACCAUUCUGUUGCAAAGAAGUCUCAAGGAAAGAAAGCACGAGUCGUUCAAUACCCUCAGAGUUUUCCAAGUGAUUUCUGGUGCAAUAUUGGCUGGUCUAAUGUGGUGGCAUUCUAACUACUUAGACAUUCAAGAUCGCCUUGGCCUUCUCUUCUUCAUUUCCAUCUUCUGGGGUGUCCUUCCCUCUUUCAACUCUGUUUUUGCUUUCCCACAAGAACGUGCCAUUUUCAUGAAGGAACAAGCUUCUGGCAUGUACACUCUCUCUUCGUAUUUCAUGGCUCGAAUCGUUGGUGAUCUUCCUAUGGAGCUCAUCCUUCCAACCGUCUUCCUCAUCAUUUCGUAUUGGAUGACCGGACUACAACCCCAAUUGGGUGAUUUUCUUCUCACAUUGUCGGUGCUUUGGGGAUACGUUGUUGUUUCACAAGGACUUGGACUUGCUUUUGGUGCAGCUAUCAUGGAUGCCAAACAGGCUUCCACACUGGUAACUGUGACAAUGCUAGCUUUCGUCUUGACAGGAGGAUACUACGUGCAUAAGAUGCCAUCUUCGCUUUCAUGGAUGAAAUAUUUGUCCUCAACAUUCUAUACUUACAGGCUUCUAGUCAAUGUCCAAUAUGGAGAUGGGAAAAGGAUUUUGACAUUGCUGGAUUGUGAUGGUGAUUCUGAUCAUUACCACCAUCGAAGUAGAGACAAAGCAGCAAGUUGCAAGUUUGUGGAAGAAGAUGUUGCAGGUCAAAUUAGCCCUGUGGUCAGCAUAUCUGUGAUGUUGUUUAUGUUUGUUGGGUAUAGGCUGUUGGCCUACAUUGCCUUGAGGCACAAUAGCAAACUCUAGCUAAAUUGAUAUAUAAUUUUUAUUAUAUAAUGUUAUUAAUUAUUAGUAAUAUUUUA